AUGAAGCGGCAAAACGUCCGGACUCUGGCCCUGAUCAUCUGCACCUUCACCUACCUGCUGGUGGGCGCCGCCGUCUUCGACGCCCUGGAGUCCGAGGCGGAGACGGCCGACCGGACUAAGCUGGAGCAGAAGCAGCUGGAGCUGAAGAGCAAGUACAACCUCUCCGAGGCCAACUACUACGAGCUGGAAGGGGUGGUGCUGAAGCUGAAGCCCCACAAGGCCGGCGUCCAGUGGAAGUUCGCCGGCUCCUUUUACUUCGCCAUUACCGUCAUCACCACCAUAGGCUAUGGACAUGCAGCACCUAGCACUGAUGGUGGGAAAGUCUUUUGUAUGUUCUAUGCGCUGCUGGGAAUCCCACUCACCCUGGUCAUGUUUCAGAGUCUGGGCGAGAGGAUCAACACCUUUGUGAGGUACCUCCUGCACCGCAUCAAGAAGUGCCUUGGCAUGAGACAGCCAGAAGUAUCAAUGGCCAAUAUGGUCACUAUUGGAUUCUUCUCCUGCAUCAGCACCCUUUGCAUUGGCGCUGCCGCAUUCUCCUACUAUGAGAAUUGGACCUUCUUCCAGGCCUACUACUACUGCUUUAUCACCCUCACCACCAUUGGUUUUGGAGAUUAUGUGGCCCUUCAGAAAGAACAUGCCCUCCAGACCAAGCCCCAAUAUGUGGCCUUCAGCUUCAUCUAUAUUUUAACUGGGCUGACAGUCAUUGGGGCCUUUCUCAACUUGGUGGUGCUCCGGUUCAUGACCAUGAAUGCUGAGGAUGAAAAGAGGGAUGCGGAACAUCGGGCGCUGCUCACCCGCAAUGGACAGGCCAGCAGUGUACAUACUACAAACACUACUACGUCCUCCACCGCUGCUGCAUUAGGGGGAGGACUCCGAAAUGUUUAUGCUGAAGUUCUCCACUUCCAAUCCAUGUGCUCCUGCCUCUGGUAUAAGAGCCGGGAGAAGCUGCAGUACUCUAUCCCCAUGAUAAUCCCCAGAGACCUCUCCACCUCUGAUACCUGCAUGGAACAGAGCCACUCCUCUCCUGGGCAUUAUCCAGAGACUCCAUCCAACAGAUGCUUCUGCAACACUCAGCGUUCAGCCAUCAGCUCAGUUUCCACAGGACUUCAUAGCCUCUCGGCCUUCCAAGGACUUAUGAAGCGACGAAGUUCUGUGUAA